CAAGUCCCCAUGUGAGAAUACUCUCCUAAUGUGCCCACUCCAUCAGCAAGACGUGAAACACAGAAGAUCAAAUUUGAUAUCACUCACUACUCCAUCGCCCUCUACUGAAGCCUACCACUCUUUGCUCACUGGCCCAGGCCUAAAACCAAGGUUUCGAGAUCUUGAUCAAGGACGAUAAUGACAUUACGGUCUACGGAAACCACUGAAAUGAUGGAGAUAGAAAGGCAGCAGAAAAGCUUGGAGGUGGUGGAGGCACAACAAAGCCCAUCUUUAGCUAGACAUGUACUACGCAGCAGCACAUCCAAUGAGGAAAUGGAGGAAGUGGGUUCUUUCUACGAAAUCGAUCACUCGAGGCUGCCUCCUGAUUCACCGUCUCAACUCUAUCCUUGUCGCGUUGUCAUGGUGAGUGAGAAGACUGAACAUAACGUGUCAGUGAGGUUUCCAAGCAGGCUGUCGAUCCGCGAACACUUCAGGGACAAAGCCAGUGGGGAAGUGAACGGAAAAAUGUACCCUGCGCUGGAUGAGAGGUGGGAAAUGGGGUUGAAUAUCGCGGGCCAAGUGCUUCCCCGGCAGAUCCCAACUGAAGAAUUUUCUGAGCAAAGAAAUUUACCCAGCUUCUGGUCAGUGCAGCAACUAGAAACUGAGAAAAUCUCCAUCCCAGCAAGUGAUGGUGAGUUGGGAGAUUUGACAUCUAAGAAGGGUAAGUGCUGGUCUGAACUAAAAUGUGAAGGGCUAGUGAAGUGGGGUAUGCGCCGGAAAGUUAGGUUCAUCAGCCGAUAUUUUGAGGACAACUCGGAACAUCUGACAAGUGAAGUUAAGGAAGAAGAGAAAGGAGAUGAGGAAGAGACGGAAGAAGCUGCUAAAUUUGACAUGCCAGAGACGAGGGGGAGCCGGAAGAGAAAGCGGCAUACUUUCAAUCGUACUCAAAAAGCUAAACGUGAAAAGCAACAGCGAAGCAGUGGUUACACUGGAAGAAUACUAAAGAACUCCAAGGAUAGAUGGUCUGCGGAAAGGUAUAAAGUCGCGGAAGAGAAUAUGUUAAAGAUACUAAAAGCUAAAGGUGCGGUGUUUGGCAACCCAAUUCUACGACCAGAAUUAAGACAAGAAGCUCGCAAAAAGAUUGGUGACACGGGUUUAUUAGACCACCUGUUGAAACAUAUGGCAGGGAAGGUGGCUCCAGGUGGUGCUGAGAGAUUCCGACGGCGUCACAAUGCGGAUGGGGCAAUGGAGUAUUGGUUAGAAAAUGCCGACUUAGUUAGUAUCAGACGUGAGGCUGGGGUGCAAGAUCCCUACUGGACCCCACCACUAGGGUGGAAGCCUGGUGAUAGCCCUACUCAAGACCCCGUCUGUGCUAAGGAGUUAAAGCGGCUCAAACAAGAGAUGGCCCAAAUGAAGAGAGUUAUGGAUGAGUUGGUAUCAAAGAAGCGACAUGAAGAAGGAUGGGUAACGGCAGGCAAAGAUUCUUCUAUUAUGCAUGAUGAGAACUUGGUCGUCCGUCAUGGAGAUUCAUUGCACUCAUUAAAGAAGAUGUAUCAAGACUUGGUGAAGAUGAAAGCUAAAAUCGAUGAACAACUAUCCAAAAUUUCAUGUUCUUUGAAGGGAAUGGAGGAAGAGAUGGGAGAGCUAACUUCCACUGUGGAAGAACCAGAGAAGAAGUCAGAAUCACAAGGAAUGGCGAUGGGGUCGGCAGUAUCAGUAGCAGGGAGUGGUGAAAAAGCGGAGGGAGAAAGGAUGAAAAGAAAAGGAGAAAAAGAAAAAGGAGUGGCGGACCCAAGAGCAGGCGAUGAAGAAGGAAAAAACGUGGGAGGUGGCAAGUCAGAAGAAAAAGCAGCAAAAAUACAGAGACUGAAGAGCGGUUUCAGGUUAUGCAAGCCACAGGGAACAUUCCUGUGGCCAAGCAGCAUGGCUGUGUCCCCUCAGGUUGUGGUCCAGGUGGAAGACCUCCUGGCGCUCCCCACUCCUCCGUCUGUCUCUUCCUCCACCUCACCACCACUACCACUACCACCACCUCCGCCGCUGCCGCUAUCACAACCCAUCUCCCCUGUCAAACCCUUGGCUGAGAAGCGCCACGUCAACGCCACACCUCAUCACACUACCACCCUCAUCAACCUCAACGAACCCCCUUCAGUUACUGCUUCCACUAACAAUGGAUCUGGCGGGACCUCUGCUUCCGCGUCUGGCUUCUAUCAACCAAAUCACACUCCCACCAUCACUGAUGUUUUGCCACGUGGUAAAAUUGGGAAGGAUGUGGUGAAUCCAUGGGAGGAUUUGGCAGGACCUGAAUCGAAGAAUUUCACAGGAUACUCUCACCAGUGGCAGCAGCGAAGGGGAUACUCCAACUCCAACACCUCCACCUCCACCUCCACCUCCAACACAUGCUUGGCCAUGGGAAUGGGGACCUGGCUGGCUUUGUCUAGUCCCAACUCAAUGGAUAACUCACACCGGAAUUAGCUCAUUACCACUUUUGUAAGUGGUCUUUUGAUUUCACACCCAUUACUAGUAGAGACUUAUUACAGUAAAUAUAAACUGGAUGUAUGAAUGAGAAACCAUACUUGCCCCGACUUGUAAACAAGGCACCACCUUACAAAUCUGUAACUUGGAUUUGGAAAUAUGUAUACUGAACAGGAGAGAAUACCAUGAAACUAUAUGGCCACUUUUACUUGAUAUA